CACACAUCAUCAGCACUACAAACCCAAACGUUAGACCGCAAACGGACAAUGGGCAACACCAAGUGCCUGGCCACAGUCCACGGGCACAGUCCGAGUAGAGGCCGAGGUCGGACCAUCCAGCGGCCGAGAGGGGCCGUCAUAGAACAGCUGAUAGCUGAGGAGUGCGGGGAGCUGAUGAACAGAAGUCAGGAGGAGCUGGAGGAUUCAGAAGAUCCUGAUGAAUCAAUAUGCCCCCACGACACCCCAUCACGAGUGCCUUUGAUCUGGAAGGACGACAAAUCCAAAAGCUGCGCCGUCCCAAGCAGCACCGCCAGUGUCCAGCACAUGAGCCACGGCAUAGAGCACUGCCACGUCCCCGUCAGCAUCGUGCUCUUCCUCCUUCUAGCCUACAUCUGUGUCGGCGCCGCCAUCUUCUCCGCCUGGGAAAACUGGAGCUUCCUCGACGCAGCUUACUUCUGCUUCAUAGCUCUAGCCACCAUCGGCUUUGGAGACUUCGUCCCAACAAGCUUCCUAACAGCCAAGCACACGACAGAAAAUUCAAAAAGCGAAUACAUACAGAUGAUAGCCUGCUGUGCGUAUCUAGUUUUUGGACUCAUACUUAUAGCCAUGUCUUUUAGUCUACUGCAAGAUGAAGUUGUAGCUCGAUGUUCGCAAAUAGCAAAUAGUUUAGGUUUGUCGAGACAAUGACAGUACGAGAAGAGCGAUUGUAGCUCUACAGAUAACAUCUUAGAAUGUUAUGAUCGUUCAUGUAAAGAGGAAUUAAUUUAGGGUCCAAAUUAUAUUUACUUUCUGUAUUGGAUCCGUUUUCUGUACUCUUAUCAUUGAAACAUUGUAUGUGUAUCUAAAUUACAAUGAAAGGUAAAAUAUUUUUCUCAUCUCUGUCUACAUGUAACGCUGAAAUUAUUUAAAAUUCGAAACUUUUUACGGAAUUUGUACUCAAAAAAAGUAAAAAUGGUGUUGGUGGUGUAAAUAAUGUAAAAACUAUUUAUAAAAGCAAGGCUGAAAUUGUAAUGAAACAAUAAAAUUGUG